AUGCCUCCCAAGUUCGACCCCAAUGAGGUUAAGGUGAUCCACCUCCGCGCCACUGGUGGUGAGGUCGGUGCCUCCUCUGCUCUUGCUCCCAAGAUCGGUCCUCUGGGUCUCUCUCCCAAGAAGGUCGGAGAAGACAUUGCCAAGGCUACUGGUGACUGGAAAGGCUUGCGCGUAACUGUCAAGCUCACCAUCCAGAACCGUCAGGCUGCUGUUUCCGUUGUUCCCACUGCUUCUUCUCUCAUCAUCAAGGCCCUCAAGGAGCCCCCCAGGGACCGAAAGAAGGAGAAGAACAUCAAGCACAACAAGUCUGUCGCCCUCGACGAGAUCAUUGAGAUUGCCCGCACCAUGCGAUACAAGUCUUUCGCCAAGGACCUCUCUGGUACCGUCAAGGAGAUUCUCGGUACCGCCUACAGUGUUGGCUGCCAGGUCGAUGGCAAGCCUCCCCAGGCUGUCAUUGAGGCUAUCGACAGCGGCGAUAUUGAUAGUGAGUCUGAGAAAUACUCGUUCUAUAAAUCUAUACUAACAUAUUUUGUAGUCCCCGAGGAGUAA